CAAAUGGUCAUUCAACAAUAGGCACUGGCUUAUAUAUAAAUUGCAAGAGUACACAUAGGUCUUCAAGUUCUAGUAAGUAGGCGGUUUUGAGUUUCCUUUUCAGGAGAAAGCAAAGAGUCACAGAGGAAUUGAAAAUGGUGCAAGAAGUCCGAAAGGGUCCAUGGACAGAACAAGAAGAUUUCCAGUUGGUCUGCUUUAUUGGACUGUUUGGGGAUCGCCGAUGGGAUUUUGUAGCAAAACUUUCAGGAUUGAAUAGAACAGGAAAAAGCUGCAGACUACGCUGGGUUAAUUACCUGCAUCCUGGCCUAAAACGAGGGAAGAUGACACCUCAAGAAGAGAGACUAGUGCUUGAACUUCAUUCCAAAUGGGGAAAUAGAUGGUCAAGAAUUGCUCGCAAGCUACCGGGGCGAACGGACAAUGAGAUAAAGAACUAUUGGAGGACUCAUAUGAGGAAAAAAGCUCAAGAAAAGAAGCAUGCCCCAUCCCCAUCAUCAUCUUCUUCAAAUAUCUCAUCUUCCUCAUCGAACAACCCCUCAGUGGAUUCAUUAACGACACAAGAGACUGGAAAAGAAAGCUUCUACGACACAGGAGGUCCUGGUGAUAUGUUAACUUCAACUGAAAAGAAUAUUGAAGAACAGGGGAAAAGUGAAAAUGUCUAUUCAAUCGAUGACAUAUGGAAAGAAAUUGCUUUGUCAGACGGUUAUGGAAUAAUACCUGUUUAUGAUGGCUACAGUGAAGAAAGCUGCAAUUUCUCUUGUCCUCUCAUGGCUUCACCAACAAUGGAAUACAGCUCCGACUCACUGUGGCAGAUGAACGAAGAAGAACCCAAGAUGUUUCUCCCCAUAGAUCAGUUUAUUCCCAAUUAUGAGCAUGAAGGAGCUUACGUAACUGGUUAACCAAAUAUUCAUUCUUUAUCAUUUGUUGAUAUAUGUACUGCAUCCCCAAGGAGGCUGCAACACGUAUAGCAAGGGUUCUCUUAUAGCUCUAGGGCCAUUAGUGACCCAGAAACCACUGCAGCCACUCUAUGCCCCUUGUAAUGUGUGCUUUUACUUCUCAACAGAACAGGAAAAGAAAACGAGGUAUCUAGUGACAAGACUAGUUUGUGUGUGGAAUCAGUGUAAACAAUGUGUCUAUGAAUAUUAGUCUCGCAGUUUAUUUCUCUGUA